AAGGGAAGGGACGCUUCAGGGAGGCCGCGUAGUACCGUUGUGUUUCCGCCUUGAAGCGUAAAAGCUAGUGAGCUGAACAGCUAAGCGUUCAACCUUUCACCUAGGGCCAACGGUGGCGAUCUUGGCGCGCCCGUAGCACCACUUGCGCAUAAUCGGCGCCCAACACUUUCGUAGCUGCUGGCAUUGCGGCCAGAUUAGGCCUAAACGAUGUCAGGAUAAUCUGCUUAGAUUUCUCGAUUUUUCAUCUUUUAGGCCGAAUCGACACGACUGCUUGGACACUUUGCUAUACUGGUCGUGAAUAUUUGGUUAGUUAUCGCACCCAGUGAAGCGCCAGAUGCUGUCUUGUUGCCGUAGUUAUAAAAGUUUCAACGCCUGUCACCACCGCGAUGAGCAGCUGACUCGCACGGUUUUUGCCCCUUUCUAGCUUGCUGGCCAGUAUGAACUACAGCUGUGCUCAAUUCCCUUUGGCAAUACUCCUGCUUUACUGACGGAGUUUAGUCGUAGGUGGAAAUUGGAAAAUGUCAGAAGGCUCCUCAAGUGGGUCUCUUUUUGAACUUAAUGUGACAGUUGUUUCAGCAAAGUUGAAUUCAUCUGGAAUACUGUUCAAACCAGACCCUUAUGUUGAGCUCAGUGUUGAUGGUGGGGUGCCUGUCAAAACAGAGUACAGCAAAAGUACCUGCAAUCCCAAAUGGGAUGAGCAAUUUCCCGUGUUGGUGACUCCAUACUCGAAGCUCCAUUUUCGUGUCUUCAACCACAACUCCCUAAUGAAAGAUGCACUCCUUGGUGAAGGCUGUCUUGAACUCUACCAUGUUUUAGAAAAGGCUGAUGGAAAAUUGGACAAAGUGCCACAACCAUUGGAAUUGAGCUGUGGCAGCAAACCUGGCCGUAGUUACAGCUACUUGUUGACCAUUCUGGAUGGAAUGAAUAUUGACAUGAGCUGGUACCCACCAAAGGAAGGACUGCCCACAGGACACUCUAGAAGAGAAGCAGCACCCAAAAGCUCAUCAUCUGGGUCCAUCCAUCAACAACACAAUGGAUCUGUGUCUGGCCAUAUGACCGUUGUAAAUGACCAAUUGGACCAUGGUAGCCGGCAGUGGAGCACACCUGCUGGAGCACGGAACCGAGGGCGCAAGACCCAUAACAGCAGUGAGGCCCCUGUGACCACAGCUGCGGCAGCACCUUUGUCUUCGUCUGCAGCAGAGGCAGCAGGUAAUGGGCCCACUUCUGACCAGCCAUUACGCCAAAGCACCUUAAGUUCUGCAAGCAGCAGUGGGAACUCCAGGCCAGAGGGAACGUCUCAAGGAGUCCACUUGACCAUGCCCAGCUCUUCAUCGGCAGCAGUGGAGGAGUCGUCCCAGCUAGGUGUAGGCACUGGUAGCCAGGCCUCACCAUGGUCCUCGACCUCUACCAUGGUUAUCCGCAUGGACAAUAGUGGCGGGGAAGCAGGAAGCUGGUUGACUGCUACGGAAACGUUUUCCGAAGGAGCUUCAGGUCAGCAGAGUCGCCAGCGCAGAACCGGUGUUCCUGCCUCGCCCUGUGGUCGUGCAAGCCGCACGACCCCAGCCGCAGGUGCAGCUGCAGGGGCGGGCCCUGCAGGCACUCCACCCGCUGCAGCUUCAGGGGCUUCCACCGAUGAGGAGCAGUUGCCCCCUGGGUGGGAGGUGAGGUACGACCAGUUUAAUCGCAAGUACUAUGUGGACCACAACACACGAAGCACAACAUGGGAACGACCGCAGCCUUUGCCUCCUGGUUGGGAGAUGAGACGUGACAACAGGGGACGGGUGUACUAUGUCGAUCACAAUACAAGGACAACUACAUGGCAAAGGCCAACAGCUGAGAGUGUGCGUAACUAUCAGCAUUGGCAGUCAACACAGGCUCAAGCCAUGCAGCAGUGCCAGCAACGCUUCCUGUACCAUACACCAGUCCAGGUAGAUGAUGAUGAUCCACUGGGGCCUCUGCCUGAAGGGUGGGAAAAAAGAAUUGACCCAAACAAUCGUGUGUACUUUGUGAACCACAAGAACAAAACAACCCAAUGGGAAGACCCACGCACUCAAGGGAAGGAGGAGCCUCUUCCUCCAGGUUGGGAAAUCAAAUAUACAGCAAACCGAGUACGCUACUUUGUGGACCACAAUUCUAAGACAACAACAUUCAAGGACCCUCGUCCAUCUCCAAAGGGAGCCUAUGGAGUGCCAUUAGCUUAUGAACGAAAUUUCAAGUGGAAGCUGACGCAGUUCCGUUACUUGUGCCACUGCAACUCCUUGCCCAGCCACAUCAAGAUAACAGUCUCCCGAGGAAACAUAUUUGAAGAUUCUUUUGGCCAAAUUAUGCGGGUUCCACCGCAUGAACUGCGAAGAAGGCUCUUCAUCACAUUCAAGGGGGAAGAAGGCCUUGAUUAUGGAGGAAUAGCCAGAGAGUGGUUUUUCCUGCUGUCACAUGAGGUCCUCAACCCCAUGUACUGCUUGUUUGAAUAUGCGGGAAAGAACAACUACAGCCUGCAGAUAAACCCUGCAAGCUCUGUGAAUCCUGACCAUCUGCUGUACUUUCGGUUCAUCGGAAGGUUUAUUGCGAUGGCUCUUUUCCACGGGAAAUUUAUAUACAGUGGAUUCACUCUUCCCUUCUAUAAGCGUAUGCUUGGCAAAAAGCUCACCAUGAAGGACAUAGAGUCCAUAGACAAUGAGUUUUAUAAUUCUCUUAUCUGGAUCAAAGAAAACAAUAUUGAAGAGUGUUCACUUGAACUUUACUUCAGUGUUGACUUCGAGGUGCUAGGGCAGAUCCAGUCACAUGAACUGAAGACUGGUGGAGGAGAAAUCAGAGUUACUGAUGAAAACAAAGAUGAGUACCUGAGGUUGAUGACAGAUUGGCGAUUCUCACGGGGCCAGGAAGAGCAGACAAAGUCAUUUUUGGAUGGCUUUAAUGAAGUCCUGCCUUUGGAAUGGCUUCAUUACUUCGAUGAGCGGGAACUUGAGUUAAUGCUCUGUGGAAUGCAAGAAAUAGACAUUGAUGACUGGCAGCGAAACAGCAUCUACCGGCACUACACUCGUAACAGUAAACAGGUUAUUUGGUUCUGGCAGUUUAUCCGAGAUAUGGACAAUGAAAAACGAGCACGUCUACUACAAUUUGUCACAGGCACAUGCCGUGUACCUGUUGGUGGAUUUGCCGAGCUUAUGGGGAGCAAUGGGCCACAGCGUUUCUGCAUUGAGAAAGUGGGCAAAGAGACGUGGCUUCCUCGAAGUCACACGUGUUUCAACCGGCUGGACUUGCCACCCUACAAGAGCUAUGAGCAGUUGGUGGAAAAGCUAACCUAUGCCAUAGAAGAGACUGAAGGCUUUGCUCAGGAAUGAUGCCUUCUCUGCCCCUACACCUGCUCGUGGGGCAGCAAAAAUUUCAAGAGAAGCACUUCGGGACCCUGUCAGGCUGAAAGAGAUAACCUAGAGAAUUUUGAUGAGGAGCUUAGAUGUCUCCAAUGCCAGCUGUCCAGGGUAUUUAGGUUAUGUGCUACCUUCAAGGCAACAAGCUACAUUGCCUGACAAAGUGCAAUGAUUUCUUUUCUUUCUUUCUUUCUUUCUUUAAGAAAAGAGAUGAAAGGUAACUUCAGAUGUGUUUUUGUUGCCUUUGUUCUGCUUGCUAGACAUUGUUUAUGCACUGCUUGUUUUCCGCAUUCAGGCCUAAAAGGUGAAAUUUGUUUGACUUGAAUUCCUGUAUGUUUUGGUACUGUGAUAAGCGACAACACCACACUGGUAUUUGUAGUGGUGCAAUGAUUUUCUCGAGCAGUCAGCUGCUUUUGACCUGUGUCUGCUUUUAUGUUUUAGUCAGCUCUGGCGCCGCCUUACAAUGGCAUCCAGUGUAAUCGAAGUUGGUUCCUUUGUUGAAUGGUCUCUUUUAGUGACAUUUUGCCACUUUAGGGUAGCCUGUGUGAAACUUCUGCAUAGUUGUGGGCGUUUGUAAAGUCGUGGUGUUCAUCAACUUUUAAGGAAUAUAUAUUUAUUUGUUGCAUAUGCUAACUUGCCUAAAGUGAUUACAACUGGUCUGGUAAAGCAUAUGGCUUUUUAUACAUCGGUGCAUGUCAAAUGUAUCUCACAUGAUGAAAAAACAAAAAGUAGUGUGUGCUGGAAUUGAACUAAACUGAUGUUUCCUUGCCGGUGAUCUACUGAGGCAGCAUGUUGGCAUGAAGGGGCUGUUUUCUCAGGUGCAUUAGAGGACCACUGAAUACCGAGUUUUUAGAAAAAAACGAAGCAUUAUAUAUAUAUAUAUGCAUGCCACCAUUAGUCUCUAAAACAAAAACUUUCUCAGGUUCUGAAAAAGCUUGCAAAGUGAAUAUUGUUUUGGUUCCCUCAGUAUCUAUCGUUGUCUGGGUGCAACUGGACUUUUAGCUGGGUAUAUAUUGAAAUAGAGCUGCCUAGCUCUGUACAUAUGUUUUACUAAAUGCACUGAAUCCUGUAUUGGCCCGAAGGAAAUCCCUGUAGGGACUACAACGAAGAUCGUUACAGGAUUGCAUUCAGGUAGCCAGGCUUUCUGGGGAAAAUGUAAAUACCAUGUAAAGAAAAAAAAGUACAGUAGAAGUGAAGGAGGCCUACUUAGGUGCAUUCCUGUUCUGGUGUAGAGUUUAGCCAAUGUUGGCAUCUGUGCUGUGCUCUUCCAGCAGUAGCCUAGUCUGCUGCACAGGUGAAAUUCUUCUUAUUGUAACAAAUUUUUGGAGCUAGUGAUAAUGACCCUGCUGAAAGUGUGCUUUAUGGAAUUUAGUACAGCUUGUGAGUUUUGUUGCUAUGUGAACACUGUUGGUUGAUGUGUGGCAGCAGUCUUCAUCUCCUAAUCUUGCCUGUGCUUUUAAGUCAUUUAUUGUGGUUUCUCCUAGUGUAUUGAAAAAUCUGUUAUUUUUACUUUUCAGUCAGUGUUUUCUGUAGGCUGUGGUUGUGAAGAGGCUUUUUUCUGAAGUGUUGGUCCACUGUAAUGCAUUACUUUGGUUGUAUGUGUAAAUACUUGUUCAAACUCUUUCCCGUUUACAGUGCUGCUCAUCUUGGCAUAUCUGGGUCUUGUGACACUGCUGCAUUGCUCCUUUUCAUUUUAUAAUGAAGAUAUAGAUACUGAGGGCGUACAAGACAGCUGAGAGUACAUAUAUGCCUGUGUUUUUGUCAGCUUGUAGAACCACACCACCUGCAGUAAUGAUCUGCCUGUAAUUAUUGUUUUAGAUAUAGCAUCCUAUAAUGAACCAUUAUUUCCUGAAAGUCAUUGCCAAGAUGUCAGACACCAAGGUUACUUUGUGUAGUAUGUUACUAUGAAAAGAGUAUAUAAAUAUAAAUAUAUAUAUAUAUAUAAUAUACAACAAAGAACUUUGUGAAAUUGGCAAUAUAUCAAGUUUGACUGUACAUACAAAUGAAUUAAACCCAGGUGCAAAGUCAGCUGUUGAUUUUUCAAAUUGUGUUCUUUGCUGUAGACAACAUGACAUUCACAUAUUUCUUUUACUCAAGGCAUACAACUGCAGAAAUGAUAGCAGGGCAUUGCCUGCAGUUGCUGGCCUGCCUCUAUAUUUGUUGUGCCAGUGUACAACUUAGCAACAUUCAUCUACAUUUACAGACAUUACACUUCAAGCAUGGGCAGGUUUUCAGUGGUGCCUACUAAAGUCAUUUCCUUAUAUAAUGUACUAUAAUGUGUAAUUGGUCAUAUCCUGGUGCUGUUACUGCUCUUUGCAGGCAUUCCAUUCCUUGUUAACUCUUAUUGCAAGAAUUUAUUCUUAUGAAAAAGGAUAAUUUUUAAUUUAAACCAGUAAUGUCCAAUGAAAUCUGACCUUAAAAAAUUUAUUGCUUUAUGGGAAAAAUAUCUAUUAAAUAUGUAAAAGCAAAGCAUCACAGUUGCUUCCAAGAAGUAAUAGUGUGUGGGAGUGUAUUUUAGUGUAACAAUAUUUACAAUUUCGAUGGAGCAGUGAACAGCGACACGUGUUUGCCUGCCAUGUCUACAACUUAGGCAUGCUUCAGCAAUAUAUAUCUGCAAUGCCCCCAUGGAUGACACGAUGGAGCCAGAUGUCGGACUUGUGAUGCCUAUUGAAGGCUUGCAGGUACUGUGUGGUACCUAGAAGUAAUGCUUUCAUACUAUAUGAUAAACAAUACAGUAGUGUGGCAGGGCACACAUUCAUGGCCAUACAGUUGUGCAUCGGUCUAGCAUGAUAAAAGCAAACUGUCGCAGUCAUAAAGUCUGGUUUAGGCUAGGCCAAGUCUGCCAGAGCUUGAUGGUGAGUUGGGCCUGUUUGUGCAUAGUUUUGAUUGCAGCAAAGAACUAAAAUGACAAAAACAGUCCUCCAUCGGAGAUGGUUUUCAAAUUGUAGUCAUACUGGCAUCAUUGAAUGCCGUUUUAUUCUUGCAUUACAAUUCUAUCAAAUGAAAAGAUGUAUUUAACCAAUCAUCUUCCUUGUGCCUUAACUUGCCAUUUGUUUGUCAAAAUGUGCUCGCUGUCAGUUCCUCCAUGAAGUAGCAAAAAGCAGUAUAUGUAAUUUUAUUGAUUUAUGGGGUAUAACAUCACAAAACCACAAAAACAGUAUCAGUCAAUGCAUUGAUCUUGCUCCGGCACCACCUAAAUCUAUCUGCUUCUAACUUACUUUCUGCACUGCCUCCGUGAUCGGCCCACCUUUGACCAAGUUGCGACGAUGUCGUGAUGAUGUCAUCGUGACGUAACAAAUUUUGGCAACGUCAUGUCUUGACAUGGUGAUGCCAUUGCGUGAUUUUUUUAAUCACUCAUGUUGACGCCACCGACGCGGGUUGCUGGUCAACUUACACGUUUGAUGAGGAAUUUAAGGUUUUUGUCUUAAUUGUGAAGUGUAUAAUUGUACUAUUACUGACCACUUCUUCAAAUAAAACUUCCUAUUACU